GUGUUGCGAAACACAGUUCUCGCUCUUCUCAUCGCCGCCGAGGCAACUCAUGGUCAGGCGGCCUUCACACUGAGAAAGACCUACGACUCCAGCAACUUCCUAGACUCGUUCAACUUCAGAGACGUAAGACGAAUUUCUGAAAGCAAUAAAUCAAGCAUUAUUACUGACACAAUAUAGCGUGCCUACUUUGAUAGUAUUGACCCUGGCUAUAAGGGUAACCCGACUGGUGGCUCUAUUAACUACUUAAGUAGGAGCUAAGCAGUAGCCUCUAGUAUUAUUAACACUAAUAAUAGUAAGGUUCAUUUUAGUGUAAACUCUAUUAAUAAAGCUGCGCUCCUUAUGCCUAAUGGAUUAAGGUAUAAGCAUAGUAGUAUUUAUCUUAAGUCGAAGGAAUCUUAUAGCUUAGGCAUUCCUAUUGCUGAUAUUAAGUAUAUAUCUAGAGCUGCAUAUAGUAUCUGGCCUGCUUAUCUUAUAACUUUAAUAAGGAUCCAGUUAGUAAGAUCGAUAUUAUUAAAGGUAUUAAUAGUAAUCAGAAUGGCAAUCAUAUUUCUCUCUAUACUUAUAGAGCAUAUAUCUUUAACUGUCCUAGAGGUGCUGACCCUCGAAAUAAUUGCAAUAUCGGCGGCUCUGACACCCGAUACUGCACGGACGGUAACAACUAGUCAGUAUAACUCUUCAUGUUACAAAACUACAGCUAACUAGCAUAGCUCCGGGUGCGGAAACACCAUGCCUUCAGGCUCUUACGGCAAGACCUUCAACGCUAAUAAGGGGGGCAUUUACGCCACCUGGCUGACAACAGUGGCCAUCAAGGUCUCGUGGUUCCCUCGAAACAACAUUCCCGCCGAUAUCAAGAACGGCAAGCCUAAGCCUAACACCUAG